CCUCGUCAGGCCAAUCUCGUCGAUAAUUAGUCCAAAACAGCAUUUCAAAAGCUCGGGGUAUUACUCUGGAAUCACAAGCGACGCCACUUUUAAUUAUCUCUUUGCUCUGCCCAUCGUUACCCCCCUUCUUCUGCUCCGAAAUCAAUGAACCUAUCGUUGGUUCGUUUUCAAUUCGAGGACUUCAUGAGCUUUACCGGAGUGUAUGCUCAUGGGACGAUUAAUGCUUAGCUGUAUUCAAUGAGAUUUCUCACUUUUUCAUAAAAAUGGCUUCUGCUCCUUCGAUGUCAGUUUCGUUAGAAUGCGUGAAUGCGUGCAAGUUCUUGCGAGGCGAGGGAAGCGGAAGAUACGACUGUAGUGUUCUUUCAUGCGCGUCGAAAGCUCCCAGGGUCCUUACGGGAUAUCUUGCGAGCACGGCGCACCCUCCGCAGUCAUCCUUGUCAUGUGGGCGAAAUGGAAGAAGGAACCGGUAUAAUUUUAGAUGCAGACCCUUUAGUAUAGUAUAUUCAUAUUCAGAUGAAGCACUUGACAUCAUUCUUCCUGGGGGAUUCUCUAGAUCAAUCUCGUCUCAAGUUGCCACUAAAUGUUGGCGGUUCUAUUGCCUGUCAUCUUCCUCUGUGGAAACUACCAGCGAGGUUUCUCCUGAAGGGUUGUGGGAGGAUCUUAAACCUGUGAUCUCAUACCUUGCACCGAAAGAACUUGAGUUGGUCCAUAAUGCCCUUAUGUUGGCAUUUGAAGCUCAUAAUGGUCAGAAGAGACGCAGUGGUGAGCCCUUCAUCAUUCAUCCAGUUGAGGUUGCACGGAUCCUUGGAAAACUUGAACUUGACUGGGAGUCUGUGGCUGCUGGAUUACUGCAUGACACAGUUGAGGAUACAAAUGUUGUUACUUUUGAAAGAAUUGAGGAGGAGUUUGGUGCUACUGUGUGCCGCAUUGUUGAAGGAGAGACGAAGGUGUCAAAGCUGGGAAAGUUGAAGUAUAAAAAUGAGAAUGAUUCUGUUCAAGAUGUGAAAGCAGAGGAUCUGCGCCAAAUGUUUCUAGCCAUGACAGAAGAGGUCCGUGUUAUUAUUGUCAAAUUAGCAGACAGAUUACAUAACAUGCGCACUCUAUCACAUAUGCCUCCACACAAGCAGACUAGCAUCGCAAUGGAGACAUUACAGGUAUUUGCCCCUUUGGCAAAGUUGCUUGGCAUGUAUCAAAUCAAGUCAGAACUAGAAAAUCUAUCAUUCAUGUACACAAAUGCUGAAGAUUAUGCUAAGGUCAAGAGAAGAGCUGCAGAGCUCUAUAAAGAACAUGAGAAAGAACUUUUGGAGGCAAAGAAAAUAUUGGUGGAGAAAAUCCAAGACGAUCAGUUCUUAGACCUUUUGACUGUGAAAACUGAAGUUCAUGCCGUGUGUAAGGAGCCUUACAGUAUCUAUAAGGCUGUUCUCAAAUCAAACGGAUCGAUCAACAAGAUUAACCAAAUUGCACAGCUUCGUGUAAUCAUAAAACCAAAGGCAUGUGUUGGAGUGGGGCCAUUGUGCAGUCCACAACAGAUUUGCUACCAUGUUUUGGGGUUAGUCCAUGGAAUUUGGACACCUAUUCCUAGAUCUGUGAAAGAUUACAUUGCAACUCCCAAACCUAAUGGCUACCAGAGUCUCCAUACCACUGUGAUUCCAUUUUUGUAUCAGAGAAUGUUUGGACUAGAAGUGCAGAUUAGAACGGAGGAGAUGCAUUUGAUAGCUGAGAGGGGGAUUGCUGCUCAUUACAGUGGGAGGGAAUCUGUUAGUGGUCUGGUUGGAAGUGCAAUGCCUACUAGUAAAAGCUCAAGAGGAAAGACUGUCUGCCUUAACAAUGCAAACAUUGCUCUCAGAAUUGGCUGGCUCAAUGCUAUUAGAGAAUGGCAAGAAGAGUUUGUAGGCAACAUGACUUCUAGGGAAUUUGUAGACACUAUUACCAGAGAUCUGUUGGGUAGUCGUGUUUUCGUUUUUACACCCAAAGGAGAGAUUAAGAAUCUUCCGAGUGGUGCCUCUGUCAUUGACUAUGCUUAUAUGAUACAUACUGAAAUUGGCAACAAGAUGGUGGCUGCAAAGGUCAAUGGUAAUCUUGUUUCUCCAACGCACAUACUUGCAAAUGCAGAAGUAGUGGAGAUAAUCACAUAUGAUGCGCUUUCCAGUAAAUCAGCUUUUCAGAGGCACAAGCAAUGGUUGCGACAUGCUAAAACACGUAGUGCAAGACACAAAAUAAUGAAGUUUCUAAGGGAACAGGCUGCACUUUCUGCUGUUGAUAUCACUACAGAAGCAGUCAGUGACUUUGUAGCUGAUUCUGAAGGAGAUAGCGAAUCUGAAGAUCCAUUAGAUUGCUUUAAUAGUUUCAAAUCUUUGCCGGGGAAGAUGUUUUUGAAUGGUGUGGAAACAUCAUCCUCUGAAGAUGUAUUCCCAAGCAGUAAUGGCAGCGUUUGGACCCCUAAGGUAAAUGGAAAGCAUAACAAACAUGUUGGUUUGAAGGGCAACGGAGAGUUGCUCCUGCAUGGAAACCAUGUUGCCCAGAUGGUUCAGUCUAACAUUCCAAGAUAUAAGGAAGUUCUGCCAGGUUUAGAAAGUUGGCAGGCCCAGAAAAUUGCCGCUUGGCACAAUAUAGAAGGGCAUUCCAUUCAAUGGUUUUGUGUAGUAUGCAUAGACCGAAGAGGCAUCAUGGCUGAGGUCACUACAACAUUGGCUGCUGCGAGCAUAUCCAUAUGUUCUUGUGUGGCGGAGAUUGAUGACGGAAGGGGAUUGGCUGUCAUGUUAUUUCAGAUUGAAGGGAAGUUGGAGAGUUUGGUUAGUGCUUGCCAAAGAGUGGAUCUGAUAGUGGGUGUUUUGGGAUGGUCUACCGGUUGCAGCUGGCCAAGCUUGAUGGAAAAUUACAAGUUCGCCAACGUUUGUUGAUUGCAGUGGCCAAGGUCUUCUGCAGUUGCAUUGCCCAACCAUUGCAUAGGUGGGAACAAAGUUUUGUCCGCAGUGUCCUUUCCAUAGUAGUUUCAUUCUCAUAUUUGUUCCAACUCUAGUUAAAUAAACCAGCAGAAGCCAGUUGAGCCAAUACUCAAAAUUCAAGGUAUUGUAUAUAGAAAAGAGUGGUAGGGAGGUUAAAGUCGUGAACGAUUAUCCGCUGUAAAAGGUCGUUGUGCAUAAACGAAUCUUCAAUAUAACAGUUACAUUUUCUAUUAUGAAAAGGUUGUGCUGACCUCUUCCUUAAAA